UGGUAUAAAUGGGAAAGGAGCAAAAAUAUGACGUUAUAUUUUUACAAUAGCACAGAAAAUGGUACUGAGCUGGGCCGGGUUGGGGACCAGCACAGGAGUGACGCUCCCAGAGGACGAUAUGAAAAUGGAAUCGUUACGGUGAAGCUCUUUCCAGUGCAAGUAGAAGAUAGUGGGCAGUAUGUGUGUGCGGUGACAAAUGAUGGUGUCUAUCAAGAAGCUAUCGCCCAGGUGAUUGUUGCAGGUUUUGGAUCUGCACCUCGCCUAACUAUAGACCAUCAGCAGAAUAAUUCAGUCACUCUGAGGUGUAUGUCCCAAGGGUGGUACCCACAACCUGAAGUAUGCUGGACUGACAGCACAGGACAAAACAUAACUGCUAUGGCUGAAACAAGAAUCCAAAAAGAUGGGACAGAUCUGUAUCAAAUCCACAGUACGCUCAGGGUCGCAGAUACUGCUUCUGACACUAUCUCAUGCACUAUAAGAAACCCCUUGCUGAAGAGGCACCGCAAAAAAGUUAUUGCAAUUUCAGGAGUAGGGAAUGAAACUUCUUUACAAAUGCAUCUGCAGAAAGUUUGCAAAUAUGAAUGUAAAUGGAAAGGGUGGUAUCCAAAGCCCAUGGUCUUCUGGAGAAAUCACAAAGGACAAAGCAUAAACUCAUUGGCUGAGACAACAGAAGUGCAGGAUGAGCAAAAUCUUUUCACAGUAGCAAGCACCAUUGCUGUGUCAUGUGAUACCCCCGAGAUUACCUGUGCCAUUGUCAACACAGAAUCAGAGAUGAUUCAACAAUCAACUGCUCAGCACUUUGUGGGUUUCUUAAUCUGUAUCUUGCUGUUUAUUGCUGUGACUGUCGAACAUUUUUUUGGAAAAUGCAAAAGCCAGUUCCAGAAUGUGAUUGACCAAGUGCAGAGGGUAAGAGAGCAAUCCCACGAUGACUAUGAGCAACUGCAGAGAGAAAUUGCCCAACUCAAGGAAGAUAAUGAAAGGAAAGCAGAUCAUUCUCAGGCAGAUUCAGAAAGGAAAAAAGAUCAUUCUCAAGCAGAGCACCUAGAAGAGGAGAUGGCUGCAAUAAGGAAUGAAUUAGCCCAAGUCAAGGAGAACAUGGAAUGGAGAAUGGUUCAGAACAAUUCAGAUGACAUCACUCUUGACGCAGACACAGCACACCCCAACCUCUCCAUUGCUCCCAAUAAGAAGAGUUUGAAACAUGAAGCCCAACCUCAAAAAGUUCCAGCAAACGCAGAGAGGUUCGAUUCAACUGUCUGUGUGUUGGGUUCUGAAGGAUUCUUCUCUGGAAAGCACUACUGGGAGGUGGAGGUUGUGAGCAGCACUGACUGGGACCUGGGAGUGGCCAGAACAUCAAUACAGAGAAAAGGAAAACUUUCCUUGUCCCCUAAAGAGGGAUUCUGGGCUCUGGGUCUGAGUGGGAGAGAUUAUUGGGCAAAAACAGACCCAUGGACCCGGGUCAUGGUGCAGAAAAAGCCCCAGAAAAUUGGAGUUUACCUUAGUCACCAAGACAGGCAGGUGACUUUUUUAAAUGUAACUGACAUGUCUGUGUUGUUCACAUUUAAUGAUUGUUCAUUCUCAGGAGAGGUUUAUCCAUUCUUUAAAAAUUCACACAAAGAAACAACAAUGAGAAUUUGCUCAAUUAAAGAGGAAUAAAUAUAACAUGGCACUGAUGCUGAUUUUAUACUGGUGUAACUGAAAUCAAGGUUUUCACAAAUGUAUUUUGAUGUAUAAAAAGCUGGGUUUUUUUAAAUGUACAUUG